UGAUAGUUCUUGUAGCAAUAGUUUUUGUAGCAAUGGUUUUCUAGAUAAUGGUUCUUUAAACAAUAGUUCUCUAAGCAAUAGUUCUCUAGGUGAUAGUUCUCUAAGUGAUAGUUUUUUAAGUGAUAGUUCUCUAGAAGAUGGUUCUCUAGGUGAUAGUUCUCUAAGUGAUAGUUCUUUAGAUAAUAGUUCUCUAGAAGAUG